AUGGUCGACUCAAACAAACUUUCAGAUAAUGACUUAUAUGCUGCUCUAAUGCUCUCUAACUUAUUAGACACUGAACAAGAGAUGUCAACAUUACCUUCCUUAGCUAAAGAAGACCAUAUAAUACCAGUAGAGGAUGUGAUAUGGGUUCCUGCUGACAAACAUCCUCAAAUUGCACCCAACGAAUUUGCUAAUUUCAUAAAGACACAUGGUGCCAACAUGCCUACAAAAAGAUCGUUAAGUCUACACCGUAGAAAUUCAAUUUUAUCUCAAUCUGUUGAACAAGACGAAGAAGAACAAGAAGAGACGCUCUCUUUAUCCGAAAAAAAGAGAAUAUUCCUAGAGAAAGUGAUGGAAGAUGGUCAAUUGAAAGACAGUCAAGUAUUUGAUAGGAAUUCAGUAUCUACAGACGACUCUCGUAUUAUUGCACCCAGAACAGACAAAUCAUUACUUCGACGAUCUGCGUUUUCUGCACGGGGUCGUAAUCGAAAGAGCAGGUCAGAUCUGCAAAGACGUUCAUUAUCGCAAAGAAGUCCUAGUCAUGAAGACAAAACUUCAAUCAAAUCCAACAAGACAAAUACUUCAUGGGAUAAAUCGGUUGGUAUCAGUCUGUUUGAUCAGCCUGUCAAUAUGAGUGAAUGGAUAGAUUUAGGCAGUGCAAGUCUUGAGUCAAAGGAUUCUCAAAGGGGUAUUCUUUCACGUGUGCAUGAUGCGGAGUCACAACUUCUCUCACAGCAACAGCAGCAGGAAAAAGAAGAGCCACCACCUAAGCGACCUGCUAUCAUUCGUUCAGAAUCAGUCAUUAAACCAGAGAAACGCACCUCUUGGUUUGGGGGAUUAUUUGCAGACAAAAAGACAAAGAAAGCAGAAAAUCCCUUGUCUGGAUUGGCAUCCCUUUUUACACGCUCACUUUCACUAAAGAAUAUCAAUAAUACACCCAAAAAGAGGUCUAGUAAAUUAGCCCUACUGCCUCCACCACUAGCAGAACACACUUUUUUUAACCCAUCUCGCUUACCAUUGCAUGUGGAACGAGCUAUUUAUCGUCUGUCACACAUGAAAUUGGCAGAUCCUCGAAGGCCAUUACGUCAACAAGUCUUGAUAUCUAAUUUAAUGUUUUGGUACCUUUCUAUUCAACAGACAACAGAUUAUCAGGAACAGCGUGUAGAAACAGAAUCACCUCCUAUACCAGACACGCAUCAAAAGAAAAAUAAGAUUCGUUUCAAGAAACCAAAGCCUAAUCCUACUGUACAAUUCAAUUUGCCUGUUAUACCAAGUCACCAAACUGUUCCAGACGAUGACGAAGAUAAUGUGCCUUUAUUUACUUAUAUCUCCUCAUAAAUAGACCUCCUAUUUUUCUCUGAUUUAUAAACCCACUCAAAAUAGAUUGAAUACUAAAAUUAGAGAGAGCGAGAGAGAGAUGUCAAUAUUGCAUCACAUAAGCUACUGUUAUUCUGUCAAAACCGAGAAAAACUGAACAUUCCAUUCAGUGAGUGCCACAAAUAAAGACUUGCCUAAACAAGAAACUAAUUCUGAGUGUAUAAUAAAAUCUUAAUUUUUUUCUUUUUCUCUUUC